AUGUCCCCUUGUAUGAUUGAAGCUGAUAUAUUUUCUACAUUGAUGCCCCUACGUACUUAUGUUGAUGAUCUGACCGCUAGGGUCACAACCUAUGAGAGCAGGCAGGGGGAGAGCUCUGAGGUUUUGGCUUUGAAAGCCAAUGUAGCAUACUUGAGGAAGGACGUAGACUAUUUGAAGUCUACCGACUUCACUUCAUUGAUUCAGACUGCAGAUGACGUAGAGGCCCCUGAGACCUUAGGGAUUCCUCCGAAUACCACCAGAGAUAUACAUAGGGAGGAAGAUGUAGUUGAUGAGUCGGAUACUAAAAUCGACAAGAAGUAG